AUCAAAGCUACGUACGAAUUCCUCUCAAACAUACUAUAUACUUACAAAAGAACAAGAAGAUGAUGAUGAUGAUGAUGAGAUCUACUUGUAAUCUAACACUAAUGCUCUGCAUUUGUGCCCUUGUGGUGGCUUCCAUGGCGGCGGAAGGUCCUAGGGAUUUCAAGGUUGGAGACGAGUUCGGGUGGAGAGUCCCACUCCAGAAUGAUUCAGCGGUUUACAGCCACUGGGCCAGCAGCAACCGCUUCCACAUCGGUGAUUCACUCUCGUUUGUGUACGACAAGGACUCGGUGAUGGAGGUAGACAAAUGGGGUUUCUACCACUGCAACGGCAGCGAUCCCAUUACAGCCUUUGACAAUGGAAACAGCACAUUCGACCUUGAUCGUCCUGGUCUCUUCUACUUCAUCAGCGGCUCCAACCAGCACUGCACCAGCGGCCAGCGUCUCAUCGUAGAAGUCAUGCAUAUCCACCAACACCAUGACCAUGACGCUUCCAUGCCUCCAUCCAUGUCGCCUCUUUCUAAUUCUGCCUCUCCCUACGCAUCCGCAUCCGCAUCUUCUGCUGCCUCCUCCCUGCCUACGGCUUGUCUUCUUAUUCCUCUUUUCUUAACCAUUGCUAGCUUUCGUUUCAUUUCUUAUUAGUCAAAUUGUUUCCCUUAUAGUUCUUCUCCUCUUUUACUUUUCUUCAUCUUUUUGUUUCAUUCAUCGAACCCUUAUGGUAUAAUCCAAUUUAUGUUCUU